GGGGAUUCAUUGAAGGUUGGUCCAAUAUUAUACACAGGAGAAACCAAUUUCUAUUUGAGCUCUACUUCAGAGACACAGAAGAAUGAGCAGAGAAGGGAAGGUGGUCUGUGUAACAGGAGCUUCAGGAUUCAUAGCUUCUUGGUUAGUCAAGCUUUUACUUGAACGUGGUUACACUGUAAAAGCUACCGUUCGUAAUCCAGAUGAUCCGAAGAUGAAACACUUGCAUGAACUUGAUGGAGCUGAAGAAAGGCUUCAUUUGUUCAAGGCAAGCUUGUUAGAAGAAGGAUCUUUUGAUGCUGCAGUUGAUGGCUGUGUAGGUGUUUUCCACACAGCAUCACCUUUAACUACGACAGCCAAAGAUCCUCAGGCUGAAUUGAUUGAUCCUGCAGUGAAGGGAACACUCAAUGUUCUUAGAUCAUGUGCAAAAGUUGAGUCUGUCAAGAGAGUUGUUAUAACAUCUUCUCUAACUUCAGUUAUAUUCAAUGGAAAACCUCUUAACCCUGAUGUGGUGGUAGAUGAGACCUGGUUUUCAGAUCCUACUUUUUGCAAGGAGUCGAAGUACUGGUAUCAUCUUUCAAAGACCUUAGCAGAAGAGACAGCUUGGAGAUUUGCAAAAGAAAAAGGCAUUGAUUUGGUCACAUUACAUCCAGGAUUGGUAAUUGGUCCCAUCUUACAGUCAACACUUAAUUUUUCUGUGGAGGUGAUUUUCAACAUCAUAAAUGGAGUCCAGUCAUUCCCUAGCCCUUUCAGACUUGUUGAUGUUAGAGAUGUUGCAUAUGCACACAUUCAAGCUCUUGAGGUUCCCAUAGCAAGUGGCAGAUAUUUGUUGAUUGGUAGAGUUACACAGCUACAUGAGAUUCUGAAGAUUUUACAUGAACAUUACCCUGCUUUCAACAUUCCAGAAAAAUUCAAAGAUGUGAAGAAUGAGACAACAUACCAGAUUUCUAAUGAGAGGGCAAAGAGUUUGGGCGUCAACUUUAGGCCUUGGGAGGCAAGUCUUCUGGACACCGUGGAAAGCUUGAAGGGGAAAGGCUUCCUCAAUUUCUAUGAAGCUACAGAAAGCAAGUGAUGCAGAACUUCUUGAAUCAAAGCUUUUAUUUAUCUAUGUAGUCCUUUUUUUUAUCCAGCUUUGUAUCAAGUGAAUGGCAGCUGCAACAUGCUUUCCAAGUCAUGUCUGCAAAAAAUAAUAAGGUAUCAAGCCAUAUAGAACUAUGGCUCUACCCAAACUACUUUGAAACACAUUUUUAUUGAACGUUUACAGUUUAGACA